AUCGCUAAUAGUUUGUCGUCAGUGUUUGGAUAGUGCAGAUUAUUGAUCGGCUCGUGCUCCAUGCUGCUUACUUGAUAGGCUGGAUGGUGGGAACCGGGUGCGUGAAAUCAGUAGUUUGACGUGUUUCAGUAGUGCUCAGCGAGUAGAAAAGUUUAUUGUUUCGAAUAAAAAAUCAAGCCAAAAUCAAGUUGAAGAAAUUGCAUCAAAAUGACUAGUUUCUCCUUUACGCAGUGCGCGUUGGUGCUUGUGAUCGUGGCGUGUGGUGCUACCGCCAAACCCCAGAAUCAGUACGCGCACUCUAGCUACAACAAGAAUACGGGAGUGCGUAAUACGUCCGUUGGCCAUCGGCUGACUAAUCAGCACCAGCAGUACCAGCAGCAACAGCACCAGCAGCACCAGCAGCACCAGCAUCAGCAGCAGCAACAGCACCAAUCGCAGAACCAUUUUGCACACCAGCAUCAGCCGCAAGCCUUACGUGCACCGUUGCUGCCUCCGCAUAACCCAACUCAGUUUAGCCAAAGAUUACAGCAACCGUUCCCGAACGCAAUCCGUCCCUUCGUACCAAUCACCUCCUACAGUAAUGACGUUUCGUACGAUGGCAGCUAUUCGUACGCGUAUACGACCGGCGACGGACAGCAGCAGCAGGCACAGGGAUAUUUGAAAAAUGCCGGCCGUAAGGACCUGGAGGCACAGGCCGUGCAGGGCUCGUACUCGUACACCUCUCCCGAGGGUCAGCUGAUUACGGUGACCUACAUUGCAGAUGAGAACGGUUUCCGUGCGGAAGGUGCUCAUCUGCCCACACCACCACCGAUCCCGGAGGCAAUCCAGAAAUCGCUUGCCCUGAUCGCCCAGACGCAACCGGUUUCGGCCCAGUUCAAUGCCGCUUACAACCAGCCCCGCUUCCACCAGGCCGGUCACGUUCCGUCGGCCAGUGGACACAAUUACAACCGAUACGGUUAAGACACCGGACGCGAGCGCAACAUUAUCCCCAUUUGACUGACCCCAAAAAAUCCUUAUUGUCGACCGUCGAUCGUCUCGGUGUGACAGGUACACACCAUCACCACAUAUGUUAUAGUAUAGAUAUUACACGCCGUUUCAAUCCGUACGUUUUGCUACACCGGACCGACGGGGGAGAUUCUGCUCUGCAAUGAAUGAACAACACGCGACAGACAACUAGCUCAGCGAUCUUCACUAUCAUCAAUGUCACUCUUGGAAUAUACUGUCAAGACUUCCGGAACCAACUCAUCGUGUUAUAUCUUUGUUUGUACAUAGAUUGUAGAUUGUUGUAGUGAAAGCAAAUAAAGAACAAUGAUUCUUAUGAA